AUGGGGUCGUUGUUUCCGUGUGAGACUUGUGGCAGAGCUUACCGCUACAAGACUCAUCUCCACAGACAUCGGAGAUACGAGUGUCAACAACCUCCUCGGUUCCUGUGUCCUCACUGCAGCUACCGAGCCAAGAGAAAGGAACAUUUGCAGACACAUAUGAUCAACAAACAUAGCAAGAAGAAAGACAUCAUGGAUGCUCCAGAGCCAGGAGACAUCUGCAGAGACAGGAUUUUUCAGAGAUUUUUCAUCUGCAGAGACAUUUUAUCAACAAAAAUAGAAAGUAAACAGGAGGAAACAGUGAUAUCAACUGCAGGAAGAAAGACAUCAUGGAGCAUCUGCAGAGACAUUUUAUCAACAAAUAUAGCAAGAGGUUUCGCAUGUGAUCGUUGCGGUCGUACCUACACCCUUAGGUGCAACAUGUUGCGGCACUGUCGGCUAGAAUGUGGACAAGAGCCGAAGUUUGCGUGCGGACUUUGCCCUUAUAAAGCCAAGAGAAAAGAACACCUCCUGGCACAUACGGCUUUCAAACAUCACACUUUAGGAAACACUUGA